AUGGGUCAAAUACCUUCAAAAAUAUCGAAUGGUAUUGGCAGACCAACAUAUGUCAAAGGGUGUGACGCCGAAUUACUCCGUCAAAGUCGAUCUGCAAUAGAGGAAUUCGCCCAAGAGAGAGAUGAUAAUCAUUUCCCACAUUCUUUGAUCGUUCGAAAAGCAAACCCCCAGCGGGACUAUCUCCUGGGAAGACUAUUAUUUCGUCGACCUUUGACUCUAAACCGCCUAAAGGUGUUUAAGCAUCGACCUGUAAGCCUUGUAGGCGCCGUCUGGAAAUAUAUCAAUCCAAAUUCAAAAUUAAGCCCUCUCCAGGAAGACGCGGUUGAGAAGUGGAAGGUGAUAGAUAUCCUCCAUACCCCAAAUCAGCUUCGCCUCGUAUCAACGAAAAUCAUCCUGGAAAAGUACUUUCACAUAUUCGAUGAUUUGUUUUUCAGAGGUACAUUGAAUGAAUACGUCACUCUAAUCACUUCUUUACCCGGCGAUAGCCUACCUGGUUGUCAAGGCCACACGUCUCAAGAAUCUAAGGCCGUUUAUAGAAGAGGCAAAAAAGAUGUCAUCGAAUGUCGCUUCCGGCCAAGGAGCACGAUCACCAUCUUUGUUGGACCAGAGGUUGAGCCGCUCAAUGGAGAAAAAUUGAAAAAGUUGUUUGGUAUCCUAGUCCACGAGAUGUGUCAUGCUUUUUUCCACAUAUACAGUUGUGUUGGACGCUGUUGCAAUCAUGGAUCUUUGGAGCAAUUAGGAACGCGUCGGCACGGAGUUAUGUUCCAGGAACUAGCAUUUUAUAUCCAAUUAAUGGCAGAAAAUAAGGAUAUCUUAGGAUUCAACUUGAAUAUGGGUAGAUAUCACAGUCUUCUUCAUGAGCUAUGCGACAAGCCUGAUUGGAAGGGACAGAUUGACGUGACUAGAUGGAGAUUUGAUGAGGAGAAGUUGACGAGGGACUUGAUCUGCUUCAAUACCUAG